AUGAUAUCAUUACUGAUCAGUUCGGGUAUUCCUGAAGUGAAGGUGAUCAUGCAUGGGUUCGUCCUCCGUAAUUACCUAACACUGAAAACACUGGUCGCUAAGAUCGUUGGGUUGACGUUAACACUUGGUUCUGGAAUGCCUGUGGGAAAAGAGGGACCGUUCGUGCACAUGGGUGCGAUUGUAGCCUCGCUUCUGACCAAGGCAACUUCGGCCUGUCAGUACAAUGCAUUUUUUUCCAACGAAGGUCGGCAGAUGGAGAUGCUUAGUAGCGGAUGUGCCGUUGGCAUUGCAUGCACAUUCUCGGCGCCAGCUGGAGCUGUUCUCUACGGUAUCGAGUCAACUUCAAAAUAUUUUGCCGUGAAAAACUAUUGGCGUUCGUUUUUCGCUACCACUUGUGCAGCGCUAAUUUUCCGUUUUGCCAUCGCUGCCAUUGUUCCGCAGCAUAUUGCUGGUACUAUAACGGCAUAUUAUCAGACGAACUUUCCAAAUGAAGUGUUUCUCAUAGAAGAAAUUCCACUAUUUGCUCUAUUAGGAAUUUGUUGCGGUUUGAUGGGUGCCAGCUUCAUUUGGCUGCAUCGCCGUCUGGCCUUAUUUAGAAAACGCAACCGAGCACUUAAGGCCGUUUUCGGAAGAAGCCCUAUAGCGUUUACCACGUUGAUUGCUAUGAUAGUUGCCAUUUUGACGUAUCCGGAAGGAUUCGGGCGAUAUGUUGCUGGACAGAUUUUGAUUAUGUGGUGGCCGAAUGGUUUUCGCGGUAGCGAUGGCCCACAAAUCUACCCUGGUCUCUAUGCCGUUGUUGGUGCUGCGGCGUACACCGGUGCCGUAACGCAUUCACUGUCGAUUGCUGUUAUCGUAUGCGAAACCACUGGACAGCUUUGUGCUCUAUUACCUGUUUUGAUCGCUCUUAUGAUUGGCAAUGCAAUCUGCAGUUUUCUUCAGCCCUCAAUCUACGAAAGCAUCAUAAAUAUCCAAGGUUACCCUUAUCUAACGGAUCUUCCACCAAGUCGCCUCAGUGUCCACACCAUGAAAGUGGAAAAAGUGAUGGUGAAGGACAUUGUGUUUAUCACUCCAGAUACCACUUACAUGGAGUUAAGAGAGAUCCUACUCGAUACACCGUAUCUCAGGUCGUAUCCGUUCGUCACUGAUAAGAGAUCAAUGAUUCUUCUGGGCAGUGUUGCUCGUAAGUAUCUUUGCUAUCUUCUAACAAAGCAUCUCGGUCCCGAACCUGGAAUUCUACAGCAAAAACGAAGAAGUCGCACAGCCUCCGAACUUUUGAACACAAUAGGGCAAUUCAGGUUGAUUGAGAAAAAGACGCAAAUAGUUCAGCGUCCAAUUUUUUCUUUUAUUCGUUUCAGAAGAGGGUCGAAUUUGAACUUCAACGCGCCCAAUAAUGGGUCUUUAACCCAGGCCAUCCUGACAGACAGAAAUAUCAGCGGAAAUACACUGUUGGCUCACUCACCACUUCAUGACGACCAAGGCGAUAGAGGGCCGCUUGCGCCACUCCUAUAUAGUCAAACCGAAACGCAUGACGUUCCAGUGCACACUUUGGCUCAACGAGUACAGAUUUUGGCAUCGAAAAUCGACCUGGAUGAUGUAGCGAUUGAUCCAGCACCAUUUCAACUCGUUAAAGGAACAUCACUUUAUAAGGUUCAUACAUUGUUCUCGUUGUUGGCUUUGAAUCAUGCAUACGUUACGGAGAAAGGACGCCUGGUUGGUGUGGUUUCACUGAAGGAGGUAACGUUUUACUUUUUAAGGUUUUUCGUUCCACAUGUUUCGUUCCUAACAAACUUGUGUGAAAACAAAAAUUUGUAG